AUGCAGAAUCUCUCAGAGAGUUUACUUAAAGCAGCUGAGGUGAAGGCCAAACAACAAUUGAUAUUCACUGCAGAUCAAGCAUUCACUAUGAAGAGCUUCAUCAACACAAUUGCCAUCAUUAAUAAGAAUAGAGAAAACCAGAUCUUAGGCCUGCAGCAGGAGAUUGAAUGUUUACACAGACAGGUGACUACACUGAACCUGAAGAUCUCAUCACAAUUAUUCACAAUCUCUUCAGAAGCAUACACAUCAUCAGAGAUCACUGUGCAGAAUGAGAAUCUGAGCAUGAAAUAUAUCAAGCUAAGAGAUCUGUCAGAGUCAUUAAGCUUCAAUGAUGACUGA